AUGAUGAAUCAAUUUCAAUCAACGCCAAUUUCUCAUCUUCUUCCUCUGCUCUAUCUCUGGUUCGCCUACUCUCGCCGCCACAACACGCAUCAGACGCCGCCGCUCCCUGCGUCUGCCGCCACUCCUCACAGACUCGGAGGAACGAACUAUCAGUAUCACCACCCUGUUAAAUUUCGCAGAGAAAGAACGAGAACCAGAGCGACCCUUGAUGACACUGAAAUAGGACAACUUUCCUCAACCACACUUCUUGUUGAGGACGACAAACCCAGCAAGGUCCUUGCAAAUUUCCUUUCCAAUCCGUUGGCUUCAGGAGGAGACAGUGAUGCUGCAGGAUGGCCUAAUUUGGCUUUUGAUCUUGACCCCGCACUAGUAAAUGCUGCUAAAAAAGCCGGCUUUCCAAUUCACUAUGGGGAUGGAUCACAUCCUGCUGUUCUUCAGUCGGUCGGUAUCUCUUCUCCAAAAGCUAUUAUGGUUAUGUUCACCGGAAAGGAAAAGACAGCAGAAGCUGUUCAGAGGCUACGGUUUACUUACCCUGCAAUCCCAAUCUAUGCCAGAGCUAAAGAUCUUGAGCAUUUUUUAGAUCUGAAGAAAGCAGGUGCAACAGAUGCCGUUUUGGAAAAUGCAGAGAUUAGCUUACAGCUGGGUUCUAAGCUUCUGAAAGGUUUCGGAGUGAUGUCGGAUGACCUAGCAUAACAAGGAGAGAAAUACAAGCAAAAAGUUCUAUUUGAAUAAUGUGUCAGGAACCAACUUUUUUCAGUUAACUUUUUUAAAAUUAUUUUGUUUAUC